AUGUCGAUAGACAAUCAAGCUCGCUCUGGACGUCCUUCGAUGGCGCGAACCACCGUAAACGUAGAAAAAAUUCGCAAAAUUAUCCUGGAAGAUCGACGGCAAACCAUCGAAGAAGUAGCGAAGAGAUCUGGUGUGACAUGGAGUUCGGUACAGAGAAUUUUAAGUGAAGAUUUGGGGAUGAGACGGGUAGCUGCAAAAUUUGUUCCUCGACUAUUGACUAAGCAGCAAAAACAAGGCCGCGUAGAAUCAUGCUCUUCUUUAAAAGAAGAAUUCCAAAACGAUCCAAAUUUUUUUUCCAAGGUCAUUACAGGUGACGAAUCAUGGUGCUAUGGAUAUGAUCCUGAAACAAAGCAACAAUCGAGCCAAUGGAAGACUCCAGCAUCGCCUCGCCCUAAAAAAGCUCGUUAA